AUGCAAGCUGUUCUAUCAUCAGACUUUUCAAUUGGACAAUUUCGAUAUCUAGAAAGGUUACUUCUCGUGCAUGGAAGACAGUCCUAUCUACGAAUGUGCAAAUUUCUUCGUUAUUUUUUCUACAAAAAUUUUGCUUAUACACUUACUAAUUUUUGGUAUUCCUUCUUUUCUGGAUAUUCUGCUCAGGUUUUUUCCAAAGAAAAAAAUUUUAAAAAAUCUUUAAAAAAAUUUUCAAAAAAAAUUUUUUCUUUCCUUCAGACAGUCUAUGAUCCUGUGCUCAUUUCCCUCUAUAAUCUUCUAUUUACGGCUAUGCCUGUGUUGGCUAUGGGAAUUCUGGAUCAAGACGUAAAUGAUGAAUAUAGCCUUAGAUUUCCUCGUCUUUACAUUCCUGGCCAAUUCAAUCUUUUCUUUAAUAUGCGAAUAUUUAUUUAUUCUGUGAUACAUGGAAUGAUUAGGUAUAGUUUAGUUAAAGUUUAG